AUGUUUUUGUUUAGUUUGAUCCAAAUGCGGAUUUUGAUACUGCUAUCCAUUUCCGCGGAGCUAGCGCUGACUGCUUCCAUAAAUGGACGAUUAUCCAACGAUGACGAUUUCAAGAGUUAUGGAAAAAAUGUGGAGCAUCAAGAACCGGGAGAAAGAAGAGACUAUAACAUUCUAAGUGGAUUUCCAGAUAAGCCUAAAGAGGUAGCCCUUCCUUCAACGGUUGAUCUCUUCAACGAAUUUGAACCAAGCUUAACCGACAAACUCCAUGACCUAACAUCACUGAAACAUAAUCAUCAUAACGCUGCUACAGCGCCAGGAGUUCCAGAUGAGUCUCAAUUAUCAGCACUGACCUUGAUCCCGACAAAACAUAUCUUCCCGGAUCAACCAGAUCACCCCGUGAAAUCACAGCGUUCAAAAAAGCCUGAUCAUUCAGGGAAACCAGACAAACCUGGUCAUCAAGACAAACCAGACAAACCUGGUCAUCAGGAGAAACCGAACAAGCCUGGUCAUCACGAGAAACCGAACAAACCUAGUCAUCAGGUGAAACCGGACAAACCUAGUCAUCAGGAGAAACCGGACAAACCUGGUCAUCAGGAGAAACCAAAAAAACCUGAUCCUGAUCAUUUAGAAAAACCCAAGAAACCAGGUAAUAAUUACAAAUCAGAUAAGUCUGAUACUUCAGAUAAACUAGAGAAGCCAGGCCACCACAAAGAAACAGAAAAAUCAGAGAAAUUGAGUCCUCUAGAGAAACUUGAGAAACCUGGUCAUCACGAAAAACCAGAUAAGCCUGACCAUUCAAAGAAACCAGGUCAUCACGAAAAACCAGGGAAACUUGAUCAUUUAGAGAAACCAGGACAUCACGAAAAACCAGGGAAACCUGAUGAUGCGGAAAAACCAAAGAAACCAGGACAUCAUGAAAAACCAGAGAAACCUGAUCAUUUAGAGAAACCAGAGAAACUAGGUCAUCACGAAAAACCAGAAAAACCUCAUUCAGAGAAACCAGAGAAGCCAGGCUAUCACGGAAACCCAGAUGAACCGUAUCAUCCAAAGAAACCAGGUGAUCAUGAAAAACCCAAGAAACCUGAUCAUUUAGAGAAACCAGAGAAACCUAAGAAACCUGAUCAUUCAGAGAAACCAGAGAAACCUGAUCAUUCAGAGAAACCAGAGAAACCUAGUCAUCACGAAAAACCAGAGAAACCUGGUGAUGAAAAACCAGAGAAACCUGGUGAUGAAAAACCACAGGAACCUCAUCAUUCAGAAAAACCAGGGAAGCCAGGUCAUAACGAAAUACCAGGUAAACCAGGUGAUGAAAAACCAGAGGAACUUGAUCAUUUAGAGAAACCAGAGAAACCUACUCAUUCAGAGCAAUCAGAGAAACCAGGAAAUGAAAACCCAGAGAAACCCGAUCAUUCAGAGAAGCCAGAGAAACCUGGUGAUGUAAACCCAGAAAAACCUGAUCAUUCAGAGAAACCAGAGGAACUUGAGAAGCCAGGUGAUGAAAAACCAGAGAAACCAGGCGAUCAUGAAAAGCCAGAAAAACCUGAUCAUUCAGAGAAACCAGAAAACCCUGAUAAUUCAGCACAUCCAAAUUUGUCCGAAAAUCCAGAUAAACCAGAGAACGACGCCUACGGUUUACCUGGCCCAGAAAAACCAAACCAUCCUUAAUCAACCUCAACAGAAUCCAUUCUUGAAAAGCCAGGGAAACCAACAUAUGGCCUUAACAUCACAGAGAGUACAGUUGACUCAGCUGAUAAACCGCUUAACACGAACAGCCUUGUCCCGGCUCAGAGCUCAAACAACACAGAACCCACCCAGGCGAACCAAUAAACGAUCCUAGCGCCACGGAAAACCCAGCUGCGAUUGUGGACGAAUCAUUUCUGUCAUACGACAAAAUUAAGCAGGAUUAAAAAAAAAAAAACAAAAUGUGUGCAAUUCACACGUGGUAGAAGUGAAACCUUCCAA